AUGUCCGAAUUCUUAUUCCAACGCUAUCUUUGUUCAUCGUACCACCUGUACAGUCAUCUUCUACACAGUCAAAAAGCUUUCAAGGCAAGAAUGAUUAUCGGGGAAAGGGGGUUGAUGCUGAUAAACAUCCGAGGUUGCGCUGGUUCGCCAAGAAAAUCUCGUAAAAAGCAGUUGAACAAUUUAGACGACGUGACUCAGCAACAGUCGAAUCAGAUCGAUGGUACUCCUCGAUUCGGGACAGAGUCUGAAGUUACAAGUUUAGAGUCAUUAUCCCUUACAUUUUUUUCUACCUUUCUAUCGCCUCUUCUGACACAGCUUUUGUCAGACCCGAUCAUGCAAGCAUCUGUGAAAAUGCAUUUUGCAUUCCUAUAUAUACCUCUAGGUUUGCUUUUGCGGCGACUAGUGAAAGACUACUUAUGCUUUGUUGUCAUCAUGCGAAUGAAGCUUGUCGUUUUGAUCAUUGUUUGGUCAAUCUUUACCCCGUCAAUCAAUUGUGCUACAAAUGUUCAAACUCACGAACAAGAAAUAAACCAAAGAGUAACAAAAGUAGCAACCAAAAUUCAAACAAGAGCAGACAAGAAUUGGAAAAAAGCCGAUCAAUGGUUUAAGCUUCGUGAUCGUUGCUUCCCACCGAUUAGUACGUUCUGUAAUCAUAUGGCUAAUCUACGCGGUAAACAAGCUCAAAAAGAUACGAUUAGGUCAUUGGCUUUGCAGAAAGGGAUGAACGAUCGUUUGAAGCAAGCUCACCCAAAUUCAUCUCAUGGUUGA